CGCCACGUCAGAACUACAAACUGUUAACAUCACUGUUGAAUAGUGAAGAAUAGUCUGUCUGCCUGCACCUUCUCUUUGUUUUCGCGAUGUUGUAUUUGUCACUCACCUGUUUGCUGCUGUUGAAUGCAUGUGUGGUGUCUGGGACUGAGAUUACAUUUGAACUGCCUGACAAUGACAAGCAGUGUUUCUACGAGGAGCUGGAGAAAGACGUGAAGUUUGACAUAGACUUUCAAGUUAUUUCAGGGGGCAACUAUGAUGUGGACUGCUUCGUCACAGAUCCUCAUGACAAUGCCUUGUAUAAUGAGAAGAAGAAGCAGUAUGACAGCUUCUCUCACACCACAACUAUGAAGGGAGUCUACAAGGUUUGCUUCAGCAAUGAAUUCUCCACUUUUACACACAAAGUAGUGUAUCUGGACUUCCGCCACGGGAAUGAGGAACCUAUUCUGGACAGCAUGAAAAGAAGCACAGCUCUGACUCAGUUGGAGUCGUCUUGCGUCGCCAUUCAUGAGAUCCUGAAGGUGGUGGCUGAAUCGCAGACAUGGUACAGGCUGAGAGAGGCGCAGGAUCGCACAAAAGCAGAGCACCUGCUGGAGCGCGUCACCUACUGGUCCAUCGGAGAAACCGUCCUGUUGUUUGUCAUCGGCAUCGGUCAAGUCAUGAUGCUUAAGAGCUUCUUCUCUGACAAGAAAGGCUCUGUGGCAGCUACCACUUAAACCAAGGUCUCAGUGUGCCCUAAGAAACUCAAGUGGAAGCUUGCUAAUGUGAACACAUAUUAGCACAUAUUGUUAGUAUUUUCAUCAAAGCCAAUGGUAAAUGGAUAGAUCAAGGAGUUUUCACAUUCCUGUCGAGCAAAACUUGAAUUCAGGUUUUACACAAGUUGUUUUUGUUCAACAACUUUCUACUGAAAAGAAACCCCACUCACGUCUGUGUUUAAAAUGCAGUUGACAUCUUUCAGCCUUUAGAGACUUUAUUUUUAUAGAGGUGGAUGAGAGGGCAUGUUUAUUUUGAUCUGCCUAUUAAGUAGCCUAGUUUCACUUAUAAAAGCAGCUUUGUGGAUUUCUGUCAUCUGUAGUAGUAUCACACAUAAAAACCAAAGAGGAAUUGUGUUUAAAUUUGAGUUUUAUUUGUUGUAUAGCAUCUGUUAUAUGUAUUGUUACCUUAAUUUAUGUGUGCAAAAUCACUAUGAGCUAUGAGAGCUCCGUUUCUCUCAUGUCUUGUCUGUUUCAUACGGAGUGGCUUAGGCAUUUGUUUUUUCCUCAUGCCAACCAAGUUGAAGUUUACUGUUUUAAUUUAAAUACAUAUAACCUGAUACAUAUACAUGCAACUACUGUUUUUUUGUUUGUUUGUUGUUGUUGUUUUGGAUUCUCAUUUAUAUGUUUUACAUUUUCUUCACUGGAAAGUGAUCAAGUAUCAACCAGAUAUAUUUUUUUGCAAAAAAAAGUUUCUUUGACAUUUUAAUUCGAUUUGAAGACAAAUUACUAUUAUUUUUUAAAUACGGCAGUGUAGGUUCUCAGUCAUCCAGGUCAUGAUAGUCUCAAGCACUUGAGUGGAAGGUAACUGGAUGUCUUUUUUGGGUUCUUGUUUCUCACCUCUCAUCUUAGAGGUUUCUUCAGUUCUGACCAGAGCAUUUUCAGAUGAGAGGUGAAACAUCUUCAUUAACCCGAAAGAGGGUUACUUUCAGCCAAUUAUGAGAGUAAUCAUGCCAGAAAGUUUUUAGACAUUGUCAAAUUAAAGUUUGGUACCGAG